AUGUCUGAGUAUAAGCAAAUAGAUAAAUUCAUAGUCUGUACCAACAAGCAAUUAGGUUAAGGUGCUUUUGGCUAAGUUGUUAAGGGUUUUUUGAAAGAUAACCAUGCUUAACAAGUUGCUGUCAAAAUUAUUUCUUUAUAGAAGGUAGCCUCAGAGAGCAAUUUUAUUAAGUUAUUGAGAAGAGAAAUUGAAAUUUUGCAAAAAAUUAAUCACCCUAAUAUCGUAAAGUUGCACUACGCCACAAGAACAACAAAUAAUUUGUAUAUGUUUUUAGAAUAUUGUGCUGAUGGAGAUCUUAAAAAGCUUCUUGAAAAGCGUGGCGGUAAGCUUCCUGAGAGUGAAGCUGUGUAAUACUUCAGAUAGAUUUGCGAAGGAUUCAAGGAAUUAUAUAAAAAUAACAUCAUCCAUAGAGAUAUUAAACCAGCUAAUAUCUUGUUGCACAAAGGAGUUGCCCAUAUUACAGAUUUUGGUUUUGCAAGAACCCUUGAUUGCUCAGGAAUGAAUAAUCAACUUAAAAUGACUUACUUAGGUACUCCCCUUUACAUGUCUCCUUAGAUAUUGGCUGAAGAAUAUUUCUCUAGUAAAUGUGAUAUUUGGUCUUUGGGAAUGAUGUUUUACGAGCUCCUCUACGGAAGAACUCCUUGGACUGGUAAAACCCCAAAUGAGUUGCUUGAGAAUAUCAGAAAGAAACCUCUAGAGUUCCCUGAGCAACCUCCUCGCUCUGAAAUUGUAAAGGACAUGCUUCGCAGAAUGCUUGUCUACGAGGAUUCAGAAAGAAUUAGUUGGGAUGAGCUAUUUUAACACAAAAUCAUUAAGUUUGAUAACGAAGAAGUAACUAGACAUCUUGCAGAAAUAGAAUUAGAAUCAAAUGCUUUGUAUAAAUCAGCAGCUAGAAACGAGUAUUAUGUUAAUAAUAUCAGAGUUGUAGGUGUAGAUAAAAAGAUGCAAAUAAAUGCCUUCAACACUGAUAAGGACAAUCUCAUGGAGCUCACUACUGUUGGCGAAGAUAACAGUACCUCCGAAUUGCAAGUUAAAGAAUCUAGCGAUAAGAUAAAUAUGGAAAAGGUAGCAGAAAUAUAGAGACAAUAGAAAUAACGUAGAGAUCAAAUAAUGAAGAUCGAUUCUUACUUAACUUUCGAUCGUAACUUAGGAAUAUUUGUCAACUUUACAACUAACAUGAUCUUCAAGCUUUACAAAGAACAAGUUCUUAAAAUGCCUGAAGAUCUUUUUUAUAGAAUUAUAUUCUUGCUAUAGAAAAAUCAACUGAUUGGCUUCUAAUACUUGAUUGACUGCAUGAUGGAUAAGACAUAAUAGAGUAAAUUCCCAGCCGAGCACUGGAAGAAUUAUAUCUCAUCCAAAGAGUAUUAAGAAACACUUUAAAUGAUACGCUAAGACAUACAAUAUGUCAAGCCAUAUUUCUAGGAAGUUUAUGUAAGAGCUGCUAACUUCUUGCAAAAGAUAGAAAACUCACCUAAAAUUAAGGAAUUCUUCAGCAUAUUAAACCAAGAAUUAAACAUGAAUGACCAAAACUUCUAAAAAAUCCUGAAAUCUAAUUUGCAAGAAUUCAUAGAUGAAGCCUUCAAGUUAGUACCUAAUACCACUAACAAGAAGAGAGAACUCUUGUAAUGCAUCAAAUAUACUUUCAUUUGUAAAAAUCCACAACAAACUUUCUAAUGGAAAGAAGAAGAUAUUAGUUCCUCUGAUUUCCACGAAUUCUAUGAUGAAUACGAUAAUAAAAGUGAGCAACAACUAUUAGACGAAGUUGUUAAAGACCUAAAGACUGUAGAAGAAAAUAAAUAAUGA